AUGUACUCAUCAUUCUUGGCCAUUCCGGCCGCCAGCCUGAUAUUCUUGAAUUCUCUGGGAGCGGCUCGAAAAAAUCUCAUCCUUGACACGGACCUAUUCAGUGACUGCGAUGACGCUGCUGCAUUACUCCUGGCAGCGACCUCGCCAGACAUAAGACUAUUGGCUGUCAAUGUCAAUUCGCCUUCAUUGUACUCUACCAUUGCCACUUCUGCAAUUUUAGCGCACUAUGGUCAAGCAAACAUCCCCAUAGGGGCCCGACGACCUCAGACAAACGACACGUUUUUCGACUCUUGGGGGUUUGAAUUCGGCGAGUUUACCAGCAAGAUUGCUUACCAUUGGUCUGGUGGCUCUCUUCCUUGGGGCCAGGCUCACCGCGCUUGGGACCCUGUUGACCUUUACCGUAAGACACUUGCGGCUUCAGAGGACGGCAGCGUGACCGUUGUGUCUCUCGGAUUUUUCGCCAACCUCGCUGCUCUGCUUGACUCGCCUGCCGACGGGUACUCUGAACUCACAGGGCCGGAGUUGCUUUCCGCCAAGGUGUCGGAAUUGGUCAUCAUGGGAGGGGUAUAUCCGAGCGGGCGCGAAUUCAACUUCUGGGGCGACGAUCCAUUGGCUACGGCGCAUGUCGUCAACGACUUUACGGGCCGCAUGGUCUUUUCUGGCUUUGAGCUUGGCCAAAACGUCACGUCGGGAUUGCGUCUCAUGGCUAACGGCCCUGUAGGCGAUCCGGUGAGAGCCGCCUACAUUUACUACACUCACGGUCAACCACAUCAGUCAUGGGAUCCUAUUUCUGUACUCUAUGCCAUUCGAGGCUUGGGUGACAUAUUUGAGUACGGCAACGACAAUGGCUAUAACCAUGUGCAUGCCAACGGUUCGAAUACGUGGAUUCAUGAUGAUCGCAUACGAAAUCAACAUUGGCUGAAACUCAAGGCGAACAACGAGACGGUCGGUGACGAGCUGGACCGACUCUACCUGCAGGCUGCAUGGGUCGCGGCUAGUCCGGUUGCAAAGGCUGACCUUCUAUGGGUGCCACACCUGCCUCGUCAUCCGAAAGCCGAGUUGUGA